AUGGGCGCAUUCGCCAAAAUCGCCAACCUCGUCGCGCCCAAGAGCCGCAAGUCCUCCGACGGCCGCGACCAGUGGCCCUCACGCGCCGCCUUCCUCCUCGCCUCCAUGGGCGGCUGCGCCGGCAUGGGCAACCUCCUGCGCUACCCCAGCCAGACCUUCAACAACCACGGCCUGCAGUGGUUCCUCCCCUACCUGCUCUGCGUCGUCCUCAUCGCCGUUCCCGUGCUCGUGCUGGAGAUUGCCAUCGGCCAGGCGUACCGCGGCGGCUGCGUCGUCGCCUACAACAACCUCUCCCACCGCCUCAAGGGCGCCGGCCUGUCCCUCGUCUACGUCGGCGCCGUCGUCAGCCCCUACUUCGUCGUCAACCUCGCCUGGGUCAUGAUCUACUUCCGCCACUCCUUCACCAGCCCGCUGCCCUGGACCGGCCGCAGCGAGGAGUUCUACAUGCAGGACGUCGUGGCCAACGUCGACCCGGUGCCGGGAAGCUUCUCCGCCAACGGCGCGUCGGUCACCAGGUACGUCCGGUACCCCGGCGUGGGGCUCAUCGGCGAGACCGUCGGCUGGGCGGCCUUUACCUGGUUCCUCGUCUGGGUGUCCAUCUUUCGCGGCGUCGGCCUCACCGGCCGCGUCGUCUACUUCACCAUGGGCCUGCCCAUCGUCGUCACGCUGGUCCUCAUCGGGCGCUCCCUCUCGCUCGAGAACGCGGCGCGCGGCGUCCGGCACUUCUGGUACACCUGGAACGGCGACCAGCUCGCCCGGGGCACCAUCUGGCAGACGGCGUGCGGCCAGGUCUUCUUCUCCACGGGCGUCGGCUUCGGUUACUUCACCUCGUACGCGUCGUACAACCAAAAGUACUCCAACGCGGUCAUGGAUUCGAUCCUGAUCGUCAGCAGCAACGUCCUGUUCGAGAACGUCGCGGCUUUCAUCGUGUACGGCGUCAUCGGAUUCCUGGGCAUUGUGCCGGGCGGCGGCGAGCGUCUCGGGAGCUUCGUAGUGGGCUUCAUCACGCUGCCGACGGCCGUUACGCAGAUGCCUGGGGCCAACUUCUGGGCCGUCAUGCUCUUCUUCACGCUCAUGGUGCUUGGGUACAGCUCGGCGUUUGCCAUGGUUGAUGCAAUCGUCACCUUGAUCAUGGAUGCCCACCCGCGAUUCAGUCGCCCGUGGGUGGUCACUGCGGUCGUGGUUACCUUCUUCUGCUUGACCUUGCCGUACUGUACCGAGUUUGGCUUCUAUUUGCUCGACGGUGUGGACCGCUGGAUCAACGAUGUCGGCCUCGUCUUUGUUGUUUGGGCCGAAUGCGUCACGUCGACCACAUUAUAUCGAUGGCGUGACGUCGUUGGCCAAGUCGGCCUGCCGGCUUUCGCGACCUUCAACAGCGGCUUCUUCGGAGGCAUGGUGCUCGGCGUCGCAAUUGCGCAGGCAGUAUCCCCCGUCGUAGGUGCAGCUGUAGGGUUUGGUAUCUUUGUCGUCGGCCUGAUUGGGACUGUACUGCUGGGAAAGACACCGGAUGCAGCAGCUCCAAAGUGGUGGAACAAGAGCAUCUUUGGCUCUCGUGUUUGGUUUGUUGCAUUUUACUCGGGCAAUCAGCUUCGCCGUGACUUGAACGAAAUUGUCGGCCAAGGCAAAAACUGGAAGAUUCCAGUGUUCUGGGCACCGAUGGUUCGCUACAUCGCGGCGCCUAUUCUGUCGAUUGUGUACAGCUUCUCGUAUCCGUCAUUUUAUAAGCUGCGAAAUGACCCGCUCCAUGUACUCGGGUUUGCGGUCGGUCACAUCGCUUUGAUACUCAUAGGUGCCGGUCUCAUUGUACCGCGCUGGUUCGAUAUCCUGAUUCCGCCGCGGCGACGCGGCGACGGACACCAUGACUAUGGCGCCAACGUCUUGAUUCCUGCCGAUGACGUUGGGUCGACGAGCAGCGUGGAAGCCGGAAAUGGAAGCGACCAAGAAGCAAAAAAAGCGGCUAUAUAG